ACUUAACCUCCGCAUAGUGCCGGAAAGGAAAUAACUUAAAAUACUUUUUUAAAAUCCCCCGAACUACAGCUCACUGGACUCGGUGUCACUUCUGACAACGACGGCGAAGUGUUUUUUUACUUUCUGAUCGUCGGCGGAGCGCAAACAGAGGAGUUACCAAAGUCCCAGACACGCUCCAGCGAUGGUGACUUUACGCACGGGAUUUGAAGGCGUUUUGAACUGACUUCUCUUGACUGGUCUCAGAGCUGAAACUCUGCUAUCAUCACAUCGAACAGGUUGCAAGUUUGCAAGAAACACACGGCGAGGUGCCGAAUACGUGGAUCCAGGUGAGGUUCAUGAAUUUUAAAAUCAUCCACAAGUGAGAAGAGGGUGUUGGAGUUGAAGUUUCUUGUUUCUAAUGAUGUCUUCCAUGCAAGCAACGCCUCCCUUUCGCCCACCGCCUGAGGAUGAGGAAAUGAUAGGUCAGGACAGUGCAACCUGGGCUAACAAUGAGCGAGAGGGCCUGAAGGAGACGCUGUCACCUUCUUCCCAUGACCAAACCCACCCUGAUGAGCUGCAGCCAAUCAGAGAGAAGCGGACUGAUGCUGACUGGGAGAAUGUUGGGCCUGCUGCAAUGGACAAUGAAGGCAGUAAAGGCUGCUCAGUGUACUCCUUCUGGACUAACUCUACCUCUCCACCCAAGCCAGAGGAGUGUUUCAGGGAGCGUGGGGAGCCUGUUAUGGGCCUCGCCCUUGGAACGCCGGAGCGCCGCAAAGGCAGCCUGGCAGACGUGGUGGACACACUGAAACAGAAGAAACUUGUGGAGCUGACUAAGACAGAACAAGACGAACCAUCUUGCAUGGAGAGGCUCCUGUCCAAGGACUGGAAGGAGCGUGUUGACUGCCUGAAUGCCAACGAACUGCUGGGGGAGGUCAAAGGUACACCAGAGUCUCUGGAGGAGAAGGAGCGCCAGCUUUCUACCAUGAUUGGUCAACUGAUCAGUCUGAGGGAGCAGCUCCUUGCUGCUCACGAUGAGCAGAAAAAGAUGGCCGCCUCACAGCUGGAGAAGCAGAGACAACAGAUGGAGCUGGCCAGGCAGCAGCAGGAGCAGAUUGCCAGACAACAGCAGCAGCUCCUGCAGCAGCAGCACAAGAUCAACAUUCUCCAACAACAGAUCCAGGUCCAGGGUCACAUGCCUCCUCUGAUGAUCCCAGUGUUUCCUCAUGACCAGCGGUCUCUGGCAGCUGCUGCUGCUGCUCAGCAAGGCUUUCUCUUCCCACCAGGCAUGUCCUACAAGCCAGGUGAGAAUUACCCCAUGCAGUUCAUUCCAUCUACAAUGGCAGCUGCAGCAGCAUCUGGACUCAGCCCAUUACAACUUCAGCAGCUGUACGCCGCCCAGCUGGCAAGCAUGCAGAUUUCACCAGGAGCCAAGAUGGCUCCCCUCCCACAUGCUCCCAACUCCUCCGGUCCCCUUUCCCCCUCCGCCCUAAAGAGUGAGAAGCGAGCAUCCAGUCCGGUCGCUCAGAUUAAGGAGGAAGGAUCCCAACAACCAUUGAACCUCUCAGCCAGACCCAAGACAGCCGAGCCUCUUCGUUCGCCGACGUCCCCGACGCAGAAUCUGUUCCCCGGAAACAAGACCAGCCCUACAGGCAUGGGCAAGGGCCGCAUCCCCAGCCCCAUCCCCAGCAUGGGCAGAAACACCUCUCUGGACAUCCUGUCAAGCCUCAACUCCACAGCACUGUUUGGGGACCAGGAUGCAGUGAUGAAGGCCAUCCAAGAGGCCAGGAGCAUGAGAGAGCAGAUCCAGAGGGAGCAGCUCCACCAGCAGCAGCAGCAGUCGGGACAUCAGAGUCUGGAGGCCAAACUGUCUGCCCUCAGCAGUAUGAGCCUCAACAACGGCAACAAGGAGCGGCUGCACUAUGAGACACUGAGCCAGCACCUGGGGAAGCUCGGCGAGGAUGCUGGGAAGAUGGUCCAUCGAGUCAUCGACCUGACGAGACCAGAAGAUCUGGAUGGGAGUAAUAUCACAGAGGCACGAGUGUUCAGGGAGGCGCGGGGCAGGAACAGCAGCGAGCCCCACAUCAAGAGGCCCAUGAACGCCUUCAUGGUGUGGGCCAAAGACGAGAGGAGGAAGAUCCUGCAGACCUUCCCCGACAUGCACAACUCCAACAUCAGCAAGAUCCUUGGUUCUCGCUGGAAAGCCAUGACCAACCAGGAGAAGCAGCCGUACUACGAGGAGCAGGCCCGUUUAAGCAAGAUCCAUUUGGAGAAAUAUCCCAACUACAAAUACAAGCCGCGGCCCAAGAGAACCUGCAUCAUCGACGGCAAGAAGCUGCGCAUUGGAGAAUACAAGCAGAUGAUGCGGUCACGACGUCAGGAGAUGAGACAGUUCUUUGUGGGGCCUCAGCAACUGAUUCCUCUCGGCAACAGCCCAGGCGGUGUAGGAGUUUACCCAGGCACCAUAACCAUGGCAACGACAGCCACAUCAUCCCCACACCUGACCUCAGACUGCUCCAGCAACUCAGCCAGCCCUGAACCUGCCAUCCCGGUCAUUCAGAGCACAUACGGGGUGAAGAACGAGCCCGGCGGCGGAGGCAGCAACGGUGGUGGGGUGGCAGCCUUGGAUCUGCCCAGUGACCCCACCAAUGGAGACGACGACAUGGACAUGUACGAGGACUUUGAAGAUGAGCCCAAGUCAGACUAUAGCAGCGACCACGAGACACGGGAGGCCGUCAGUGCCAACUGAGCGCGCUCAGGGUGUCACUUGUUUAAAAAAAAAAAAAAAACUCCUGUUACACUCAGAGAUACCUUUUGAAAACAAUUUAUUAGAGACCUUCAGGCAAACUUUCAGGACAUGUUGCGUCAUGCACUGAGCAUGCCCAGACGAGAUUUAAACUCAGCUGACAGUCGGGGGAACUCUUGGACAGCAUUUCGAUGGAUGCGUUUGAAGAAGAGGGAUUCUGGGAAAAAUGUGACUCAAGAACACAACCUGAGCAGAGAUUCAGACAUCCAACUGACAGCGAACUUCAGUUUCCUACACUUUGACAAUCUUAACAGGAGCGAAUAAGAGUUAGACGAGAGACAGAGAACAAAGAACAAGUGAGCAGCAAACACGUGGCUGUGUGGUUUGUAACGAGCAUGCAUGGAGUUUGAAACAUCAGGAAUUGGUCUUCAACAGCUACUUGGUCUUAAAUGUUUAAGGAGUGAUUUAGUUUUGAUCAGUAUGUAUUUACUUUUUGUGUUUUUUUUUUGUUGUUUUUGUUUGUUUGUUCUAUAGACUUUUUCUGACAGGUCACUGCCUGUACAAACUCUGGACUGUCAGAACUUGAAAUUUAAAAAGUUUUAAUAUAAAUCUAGCUCUUGUAAUCUUAUAGUCUUACUUUCGUUUCUUACGAAUACACAGUGCAUCUACAUCUUUUUUCUGACAAACUGCUUACAAUUACAUUAUUGUUAGAUUUUUUUUUUUUUUAAUAUCCAGCUCAGGUAUGAUGUGCCAGCUUGUGAAUGUGUUUCUUUUGUUUGUUUGUUUGUUUUCAUACAAAACGAGUAGGACUUCUCAGACUGUCAUUGAAAUAAAGGGAGCAAAAUCCCUUAUAUCACAUUAUUUUUAUUAUUAUUAUUAGUGAGUAUUAUAACUAAGUACCCAGAUAUUGUACAGAUUUACUUCAACUGUGCCAAACCUACAUUCACAUUCACUUGGGAUGUUGUAGUCUUAACUUCCAAUGCUGCAAAAAAGGAAAAAAAAGUCUUAUACGAGCAUUUUUUGCUAUCUGAUGAGUUUCUUCUCUGUAACUGCUGGCUCCCCUCCUCGCCCAAUCACAGGCAGAGCUCAGGGAGGACGUGUUUUCGUCGCACUUGCUUAGUCGCUCUCACACACACGCACUCUGGCAGCCUCCCCUACUCAGAGUCAGAAGAGCAGCAUUGAAGGCAUCGUUUCAUUCUUCAAUUCCAUUGCAUCGGUGCUUUCAUAAACCACAUUGCCCAUAGUUUCCUGUGGCCAAACACUUUUGUGCAGUAAGUGCAGCGAAGUAUGGCGUACUAACCAUUUGGUACUGUACAUUUAUAUUCAGUCAGGCUAAAGGUAUAGACAUUUUUAGCUUAAUUUCUGGUCAGACACAAAGAAUCCAAUCUUAAACCCUAAGCUUUGUUCUUUCAGUGUCACAGGAAAUGGGAAGGAGCAGCCCCAGGAAGACCCUACUGUAGGAUAAGGGUUUCUUAUAUUCUGAAUCCCUUCACUGUAUUUUAAAUUGGUACAAAUAAUGUACAAAGUUUUACUAUUUUUAUUAGCUUAAUAUUUUUAAAGGUCUUCUCUGCAUCAUGUGGGAAAGACACACCAAACAUGUUAAAACAAAUUUAUAUAGCUGCAAAAAAAGGUCUGUUAUUUCAAAAAGGGUACCUUUUUCUACAUUGCAUGUAUAUUUUUAAGACGACUAAAUUAUUAGGAGACGAAUGGAGGAAAAAAGGAUGCAAGCGGCUUCUCAGUCGCGCUCGUUCCAGUAAGAGCACACCAGUGUUUCCACAGGCUGAAGCAAGAUGAUCCCCUUUGUAUCUUGCUGCAGCACAGUGGACAGCACGGUACUGGGAGGGCGUUCUUUUUGAUCUCUAUUUUACUCUAAUCUCACACAUCUUUUUUUUUUCUGUCUUUUUGAUGCACUCUGCAAUUUAAAUAUGUUUCCAUUUACAACACCUGUGACCUCGGAUCUGGGUGCUCUGUUUAGCUGUUUCACGUCUUCUCUUCAUGAUCAUAAGUGGGAGUUUUUACUUGGAAAAGCUUCACAAGCUGGGAUUGAACAUUGGUUUUUGCUUGCAUUACUAAAAAAGCCUCAUGCAUAGACAUUUCCUUUAGUGUCAUACACAUCCUAAGCACUGGAUAGAAAUUGUGUUUUUAGUAUUGACUAAUGUGAAGUUGUUGGUUGGUUUUCAACAUGAUACAGUACAUUAGAACAGUCAAAAGUCAUGUUUGGAUUGUAGAGGAAGCCUCCUAAACAACAGGUAAAUUGCCAUUUCUUUAGAAGCAUUUCGUUUAUUUAAGCAAAUUUUGUUGCCGCAGCUCUAGUGCCGCCUCAAAGGGUCACAUCACCUCUGAUCUCCCUACAAAGGUAACCUCAUGCUCUUGUCAAAUGUGACCCGUAGAACACACAUUUUCUGGUCACACACAUUUUUGUGAUGAGUAUUGUAUUUGAAUUUCAAUUGUGCGUUUUAACAUUUCAUUGUAUUUAUUAGCCAGCUUUGGCUCUAAAACGUGUCAGUACAACUUGGUGAGAAAGACAAUCAAAAAAAUAAAUAAAUAAAAAAGACUUGAGAUUUUACUUACAAAUAUGUCACUUCAUCAUUGCUUUCCUUGGCUUUUGUGGAAAAAUGUUGUUCCAGUGAAAACACUGCACAAGUUACAGGUAGUGCUGUGUGGUUUUUAUUUCCAUUACUCUAAAUCGUGCACUCACUUUCCAGGGAUCAAAUAAUUUCCCACACAAGGCUUUUUAUUUCCAAAGCUGAGCUAUUCCACUUGGUCUUUAUAUUUUGGUGGCCCAUUACAGUAAAGGCAGCCUAUUGUUCCAUUGUGUGUGUGUGUGUAACACCACACAUUCUGACUGUGCUGUGGUGUAUACGCCAUGGCGCCGUUGCUGACUACAGCCAAUUCCAGCACUUCACAGAGAGAAACAGAGAGCUAAACCAUAUGCAGCCACAUCGUAAAUCUAAUGGUAAUUCCCAAAUCAACUGUCGUGUCGCCCUGCGAGGUGUGCUCGCAAGUUUGUCACUCACUCUGGUGCCUACACUUGUGUGUGUGCUGUGCUAUAGCUUUUAGUUGGAAGGGGUGUUUGAGGUCAUACUUGUGUUGUUGCCAUGCUAAUCUAAGUCAUAAUUUACAUUUCCUUUUGCUUUCUGCUGGAUGAACAUUUAGCUGUUUGCAAGUUGACGGAUUGUUUCUGUGUGCACAGUUAUGUAAGUGAAUGCAAAGCUUUCAGCACCUUCUCAGAUGUUAAUACAGUUCAUUACAGUGCAGCGUUAAGCCCUUUUCAUACACUAGCACCCUGACAUGAUGUAGACAUUACCCAGAGCAGCUGUAUAUAAGAAAGCACAUGUCAGAGUCAGUUGGCACAGACUUUAAGCGGACAUUACCCUGCCAGCUCUCUGGUACAAAGGCCACGUAAUGUCCAAGUGAGACGGAGUGAGCUGAUCUGAGAACACAGCAGUGUAUAGGGUGCCACACUGGUGAGUCCUAAAACCCGUUAACAUUUUUGCACUUCCACUUCCCUCGCUCCUAAGAAAUUGCGUUUUUUGCAUGGGCACUGGGUUCGAUGCCUGGAAUAAGGUUUGUGGUUAACACAAGCCCAGUAGAUUUUCACACUUGGUUCUGCGAAAUAAAUUACAUCAACAAAUACCCCACUUAAAAAAAAAAAAAAUGCUUUUACGCGCCUUAAAAAAGGUGGCUGGUAACAAGUGGCUAAAUGAGACCACAAAUCAAUAGCUGGGAUAUUAAAUGUAAAAACAUGGAGACUCAUCAACUCACUAGUCCGUCGUUGUCCAGCCUUAUUAUUUCUAUUUACAGACAAUAAGUAAUACAUGGAAAUCUGUUUAAAAAAAUACUGUCAGGGGGCCAUGGACCACUGGUUGAAAACCCCUGAUCUAUGAUAAUAUCGUAAUUAUAAUGUAAUGUGUGAGCUGACAUUAUGUCAUUCACUUCACAAAAGUAAAAUAAAAUCAAAAACACACAUUCAUCGAGUUAUGUAGCCUAAUAGGUUAGACUAAUGCACCAGUGCGCUGAGUGCACACAGUGUGCACAUGGUCCACAAGUUAAACUAGCACAGCUGGCUAAAAAUGCAUUAGCAAAGACAAAAAUGAGCGCCAGGAGACAAAUUGCAGACACAACCAGCUCCGCGCUCUAUGCCGUCAGAUUUAAUUGCUACACAUGGAUCGUCCUCACUGGCAAGGAGGUAUUUUGGCUUUGAAAAGACAGAUGUUGCUCAGUAGAUGACAAUCUGCAAACUAAAUUGGCUGCUGUUAAAGACAACUGGAAAGUUUGUUGCACCAUCUGAGAACUAACCACUGCACAGAACAUGAAAAACUCGGGCUGUUGGCAACAGGGCUAAACCAGCCGAGGUACCAGCACAGAAAAAAGCACUGCUAACACUGUGCAAAGCGUUUUCAAUGUUUGUGUAAGGCAUUGUUGUACUUGAAUGCUUCAGAUUUAAGUCAAUAAAUAAGAUCUGUUUUCCUUAAUUGUGCUUCCAAUAAUACAGCAGGUAUCAUUAGAAAGCAACAAUUAUACGUUAACGAGAGUGAGCUAGUAUCGUCUGCUUAUCGUCAUCAACGAAAUCCCAGAAAAUAAUUGAGAUAUCAUUUCUUUGUAAAUAUCACACCCCUAAAAGCAGCUACAGCAUUUUUUGGUUUAUGUGCAUCCAGCACGUGAGCUACGUAUGGCCUGCUGUCUGAAAAUAAGUAAGAAAAAAACUAAACUAAAAGACUGUCGUUUUUUGUGGUAAUUGAAGUGGUACCCCCUUGAAUUGUCCCAGUGAGGGAAGUCCCCAGAUCCGUGAACCUUCAGACACAUCUUCCAACAUAAAACUCCACCUGCAUCGGUCUCUACAUCCAAGUAAAGUAACAAAAAGCAAAACACAUUUUGGAAUGGAGGGGAAAUUUAAAGAAAAUCCAAAUUUGUACUUAUCAUGACUGAACUCUAUUUGUUCUGCUGAGUCAUUAACAACAACAAAUGUUUACAAAAAAGAUUAACUGGGAAUCUUUAUGGGAACACAUCUGAUUAUUACCAAGACCAAGAAAAAAAGAAAGAUGGUGAGAAGAAAGCGUUAAAGCCAGAUGUUUGGCAGUAAACCUUGACAUCUUCUCCUCAAGUGACUGAGCUCAGGCUUUGAAUUUACCUCUCUUUUCUCAUGGGUUUGAUUUGUGGUAAUGAUGAGGUAUCAGGACAUGUUUCUUCAUGAAAGCCUGGUCUUGGAUGGGCCCUCUAGACAAAUUCACUUUUUGAUUUUUCAGAACCAUUUAAAGAGCAGAGAGAACAAAAUCCUUUCUGUGUUUUCCUGCUCACUGAUCAGGCCUUUAGAUCAAGAGAAUUAUAAAUUGUUAUUACAAAGGCGGAGCCCCCUUCAGACGUGUUGGAGAGGCUCUUUCAGUGAGGCAUCAAAGCCACCCGGGUUGUGAUCAUGGAGGCUUCACUACUCAUUAAAACACAAAACGGUCCCAGUUCUGCAGCACGUUACCGUCCUCUUUGAGCUAAGAGCUUAUGAUGCCUAGUCAUUCAAAUGUUUUUGAUUCAAAAGGAGAAUAAUUGGCCCUUGCGCUUCCGCUGAGCUGCUCCUGUUUGAUGAGCACUGUGAACAAUCUUUCAGGUAUAAGUCAUUUAGAAGUUUAACUGCCAUCUAACUGUGAUUUAAGCAGCAUUUCAACAUGAAGAAGAUUUUGUAGUUGGUUUGGAAUCAAAAGUAAGGGCCAACUGAGGUCAGGCACACUGUGCACGUUGUUUUACAGUGGUGGAAGAAGUACUCAGAUCCCUCAAGUAAAAGUAGCAAUACACAGUUAGAAGCCCUGCUUUUAAAAUGUUACUUAAGUAAAAGUACAAAAGUAUUAGCAUUAAAACAUGCUUCAAGUACUAACAGUACUCAUUAUGCAGAAUGGCAUAUUUAACGAUAUACAGUGGAACCUCGAUUUUCAUGAUUAAUCCGUUCGAAAAAGUCCCACGAAA